AUGAAGCAAGAAUACUCCGAAAACAGACAGCAACUCCUCAGUCUCAAAUACCAACCCACAAGCACAAACAACUAUCGCAAUCAAUUGUUUUGGCAACCGCAAACUGAUAAUCUCAAUAGCACCUUAAUGUUGGCCCAAAGAAUAUUCAGAGAGUAUAAGUAAAAUAAGUUCCAAGUCAGAAAGGUUUCCGCAAUUCAUCAACAAUUAAAAGAAAAAGAACCCGAACAAAAGAAGCAGAAGACAACCAUCAUCGACUCCAAAAGAUUUCACAUGUAUAGUCACCCCAAAAAUACCAGGGUCAAACAACUCAACUCCACUGCCAACAAUUCCUUCUAUUCCAAAAAGAGCACAGAAAAAUAUUAAUAAUCAUCCCCCAUUAAACCCAAGACUGCCUCCUCCAUUUCAAGAGCCAAACGUAUGCUUCCAUAAUAAAUCUCCAUUUCACCCAUAGACAGUGUCGGCCCUUUGGUUUCUGCUUAAAGUUGGUGCAUCCUUAAUGGAAAGAAUGGCCAAUUGAUGAGCGGCCAACAUCAAUAUAAAAGCAGACAAAUGGCUUCAAUCACAAAAAUCAUGACAUGUUGGCUAGCACUCAAACUCACACAGUAAUAUCACUUGGACCUUGAUAACACAUACUUCACAGUGCCAGAAAAAGCAGAAAGGAUUGGAGGCACAACAGCACAACUCUCAAGUGGUGAUAAACUCAGCAUUAGAGAUCUGCUCUAUGGGUUGAUGUUACCAUCUGGUAAUGAUGCAGCAAUCUCCAUACAACACAAUUUUGAACUUUAUAAAGGUUGUGACUUUAUUUAACAAAUGAAUCAAAGUGCCCAAGACAUUGGAAUGGAAAUGACUUCCUAUUCUAAUCCACAUGGUAUGAAUUCAUGUUUGUAUCACGAAGACAAUUACUCCUCUGCUUACGAUAUUGGAGUCCUAACUUAUAAUGCCAUGCAAAACUUACAGUUCGCAAGCAUUGUCAAAACCAAAAUCUAUUUUAGUGAAAUCGAAGACAAAUUUGGAGAGUCGAAGGAGAUCUUUUGGGAAAACACGAAUAAAAUGUUAUAUCAAGGAUUUAGAGGAGUUAAGACAGGCAUAACAAAAGAGGCUGGUCCAUGUGUUGUAGAGUAUUUUGAAGACAACCAAAAUUCCUACAUUAUAGUACUCUUAAAUUGUAGAUCGGUGGAUCAAAGAUGGCAAGAUACCAUCAAAUUAUUGGAUUGGAUAAGAUAAUGA